CCUCCACCGCCGACCCUCCCAAACUCCCAAGCCCCAAACCCCACCGCCCACCCUCCCACGUACCGGCGUACCACCACCACCGCCCCGCCUCUCCAUCUCCGGCCGCGGGAGUAAGCCGCCGCCGACCACCGUCUAAAGACGCCCGCCGGGCGCCGGCCGCGUCGCCUGAGGAUUCGACAUACCAAGCCAAUCUGCUCGAUCUGGGUUUCAGGAGGAAAUCAUAAAAAAUUGACCUAAGAACAGAGAUUUGUUUUUUGACAAGUCUAAAAACAGAGCUUUAUGGUGCAAAGACAGUUAUGGGCCAGAUUCAUACAGAUGGUCAGAAAAUCAAGUUAGAAUUGAAGAGAACUGCUGAUUCUGAUAAUGCUCAUGUGGAGGAUAAACUUGCAGCUACUGAUAACUUUUCAGACACAAAAUCAAAUGCAACUUCAUUAAAAAUGCUGUUAGCAAAAGAGAUGAGUAAAGAAAUGGAGUCAAAGAGCAAUCCACCAGGUGUCAUUGCCAGAUUAAUGGGGCUUGUGGAAGAUUUUCCUGCCAAAGAACAAGUCUUACACCACGCCAAUGGAGAUUUCAGGGAAAAUCAAUCAUGUAACCACCCAGGGCAGCACCAUUCCAUGCAGCCGAUGACACAAGUUAUCGACCCAUCCCGCGAAACAAUUGAAUAUAAUGGUGUAUAUGAAGGGUGUGAAGGGAAAGCAAGAAUGAGCCUUUUUCAGGGCCAAUCUUCACAAAAAAGAAGGUACUCUGAGAACAAGAGUGACAGAAUGGAUGUUGUCCCAGAGAAGUUUUGGCAAGCAAAAUGCCUUCUCACGAAAGAGAAUGUCCUUUGUUCCACAGGGUUACAAGAAUACCUUGACGUUCUAAGUUCAGAGAAAGAUUUAUUUCAGGAAUUUCGUGAAGAACCCAUUUUGGCAAGACGGAUGAGCGGACUUCACACAACUCCAGCACCACCUCAUACACGCAUUACCGUACUGAAACCAAUGGGAGCUGUUCAGAGUGAUGUCGCAAGACAACCAACAACAGAACAGGCUAUUGAGCAAAAUGGAUUGGAGAUGAGAAGGUUUCAUCAGAGGUCUAGUUCAGAGGAAGGAGCCCCUUCGCAGCCAAGUAGAAUAGUACUCUUGAGGCCUACCCCAGGGAAGGCUAGUAUCACAAAGGCAAAGCUGACUCCCAAGGCAACUUCAUUUCGGCUAAUUGACCGGAAAAGUUUCAAGACAGUAUUAGAUACUCAUGGGGAAACCCUAGGUUCUACAGGAGUAGUGCAUGAUAUCAUUCGGCAUCAACAAGAUGGCCACGGUCAACGCGAUGAGUCUUUCUUAUCUUCCACGUAUUCAAAUGGGUAUGGUGGUGAUGAAAGCUCAUUUAGUGAUUCAGAAAUAGAUCGUAGUGGAGACUCCGAAAUUGAUGAUAUUGAAGAAGAUGGUGGUAGCAUCAGUGACUCAGAGGCAGGUAGUCCUAUAUCAAAGUAUUCAUGGGAUUACACCAGAAGAUACGGAAGUUCCUACUCAGGCUCAUCUUCUAGCAGGAUCUCACAUUUUCCUGAUUCAUCGAUUAUUAAAGAAGCCAAGCAACGGCUUUCCGAGCGAUGGGCAAUGGUAACUUGUGAGGAUACCAGUCAAGAGCAAGUGCGGCUGCCAAGGAGCACAUGCACCUUGGGGGAGAUGCUCUCCCUUAAUGAAGUGAAGAAAGAAGAUGUCACUACUUGCAUAAAGGAUGAUAAAACUAUGUUGAGGUCUAGGAAGUUGCCAAGAUCAAAUUCUCUGCCAGUGAGUUCACAUACAUUUGAUAACAUGGUGGCAAAAGUGCAAGUUUCACAUCCUGAGAGCUGCAAACCAACAACACAUUUGAUGAACAGAGUUUCUGAUUUUUUGUUUCCUAAAAGAAAGAAAGUAAGGCAGAAAUCCACCCAUCAUCCAUCCAAUUGCUUUGAUGAGAAGAUUGAAGCUUGUUUUGGUGACAGUCAGUCACCUGCCAGUCAUAAGUUAGAAAGUAAUGAAAAACUAGCACUGUCUGAAGAGAAAAAUGAUGUUUCUGUUAGACAAAACUUUACCAGCACUUCAGAGGGAACUGCUUCAGUUGAUGUGCCUAUAUCAUUGAUCUGUCGACGUAGAAAAAUGGAUAGACUAGGAUUACAUGAAGGCCUAAAUAGCACCCGUGAUCAGCCCAGCCCUACCUCAGUUCUCGAUGCACCCUCUGAAGAUAGCAGUUGUAACGAACCUGAAUCAUUUGGAAGCACUAAUUCCAAUAAUGCGAAAGCUGCAUCAAGAUCCUCAGCAAUCGAGGCUGUUGCCUGUUCCUUAUCAUGGGACGAUGACACCUCAGAAUCGCCAUUACCUGGUCUACCAAGGCACCUUCCCUCCGAUGUAGACGACGAUGAAUCAGAAUGUCAUGUCCUAGUGCAGAACAUAAUGUCAUCUGCUGCAUUAGACGACGACGCACGUUCAAGUAUGGUUUUUACUGGUUGGCACUUACCUGACUGCCCUCUUGACCCAGUCCUGUGUAACAAACUUCUGGAGUUACGGAAGCAAAGGUCGUACCAAAGGCUUCUUGUUGACUGUGUCAAUACUGCUCUAGUUGAGAUCGGCGAGAACGCCAUGCUAAGCUCAUUCUCAUGGAGCAAAGCACACACUAGAACACGGAGGGACAACUCAUCCGCUGCGUUGAGGGUAGAAGUCUGGAGCAUCCUGAAAGACUGGAUCUACGGGGCACGGAUGUUUGUGGUGAGCAGGAGAGAUAACACUGGGAUCUUGACGGAUAGAGUUGUGAAGCAGGUGGUUGAAGGAAGUGGCUGGGUGAAAAUGAUGCUGUCGCAGGUGGUUGACAUUACAGAACAGAUUGAGGCGGGAGUGCUGGAGGCGCUGGUGGCAGAAACUGUGCUGGAUUUCGCUGCUUGCUCCUGUGAACGAUGAGGUAUCCCGCAGCAGCCGAUGAAUAUCUUGGCAGCUGCUCCUUGAAUUGUUGUACGUGGAUAUGAUUGAUCCACCUGCUGGUGUCAUCACUAUGUAGUUGAUUAGAAGAUUGUAGUGUUCACAAGUUUUGUGGCAUUUUAUUUGAUCAACUCAUCGUAAGUUGGUAGUGCAGUUCACCAGAAUUAAGCCAAGGUUAUCUUGCCAAAAUACAUUUUGGAAAUUUAGAAUUCCAAA